AUGGGAAAUAGGUCCAAAAAGAGGCUCUCUCCCAACUGGAAACAACUAAAUGACAUAAUCCUGGGUACAGCUAGGGGUCUUGCCUAUUUACAUGAGGAGUUUCAUGUAUGCAUCAUACAUAGAGAUAUAAAAACCAGCAAUAUUCUUUUGGAUGAUAGUUUCCAGCCAAAAAUUGCAGAUUUUGGGCUGGCAAGGCUUCUACCAGAUGAUCAGACUCAUCUUAGUACCAGAUUUGCUGGAACAUUGGGAUACACAGCACCUGAAUGUGCAAUUCAUGGCCAAUUGUCAGAAAAGGUGGAUACAUAUAGUUAUGGUGUGGUUGUCCUUGAAAUCAUAAGUGGCCAAAAGAGCAGUGAAAUCAAAUCUGAUGCUAUGGGUGAAUUUCUACUUGAAAAGGCAUGGAAACUGUAUGAGAAUGGCAAGCACGUGGAGCUGGUGGAUCCAAAUCUGGAUCCAAAUGAAUACAAACCAGAAGAUGUAAAGAAGAUUAUAGAAAUUGCUCUGAUGUGCACUCAACCAUCAGCUGCUCAAAGGCCUACAAUGUCUGAAGUUAUAGUUCUACUUAAAAGCACUAGCUCCUUGGAGAACAGG